AUGCAGGUAUUGAAACCUGCGUAUUUUAAUGGAGUGCUGGAAGCCUCGACCGAAGUCUGGUCAUCGCGUACUAACAUGAAUGGUUUUCACGGUCAUGAUAGUGACCGUGAUUUUGUUUUUUUUGGGCUGAUGAAUCCCUCUGAGUGGAGAGGGAGAAAUCAUGUCAGCAAAGAUGGGGAGAAAUGCAGGCUAGAAGUCUGGUCAUCGCGUACUAACAUGAGUGGUUCUCACGGUCAUGAUAGUGACCGUGAUUUUGUUUUUUCUGGGCUGAUGAAUCCCUCUGAGUGGAGAGGGAGAAAUCUUGUCAACGAAGAUGGGAAGAAAUGCAGGACUUGGAAAGCAAGUCAGCAUUCAGUUAUUAUAUCAGCUUUGUUCGAAGAAGGACAGUUCUGUAAGAUGAUCGGAUUAGCCUUUAAGCAAGAUGUAGUAGCGAGAACGAAAUUGAGAGGUCAGUGCUGA